UUCUACUACUUGAUAGGAAGCCACUGAGCAUUUUUUUCGGAGCGUCACCGAAAAGAUCUCUACUUCCUUUGCUUGUCAAAACCAUUGCCAAGCUCUAAGAAGCUUCCACAAAGCAAGGCAUUUCGCCAUUUGCGCAGUUUCUUUUUUUUUUCCUUAAACGAAGCCUUUCCGGUAAUUUUAUGCCACUGCGUGAGGAUUCUGAAAUAACUUUGCUGGCGCCUGAUACAUCGGAAGGAGCUAUGGGCACGUUACGCGAUCUCCAGUACGCGCUGCAGGAGAAAAUCGAGGAGUUGAGGCAGCGAGACGCGCUCAUUGACGAGUUGGAGCUAGAGCUUGACCAAAAAGACGAAUUGAUACAAAAGCUGCAGAACGAACUGGAUAAGUACCGCUCCGUCAUCCGACCGGCCACUCAACAAGUCCACAAGCAGAGCGUUCUGCAGGAGCAGCAACGGACGAAGAGACAAGCCAUAUCCGCCGAGCCUACCGCCUUUGACAUUCAAGAUCUCAGUCACGUCACCCUUCCCUUCUACCCGAAGAGUCCUCAGUCCAAAGAGCUGAUCAAGGAGGCCAUCUUGGACAAUGACUUCAUGAAAAACCUGGAGAUGUCUCAGAUCCAGGAGAUCGUGGACUGCAUGUAUCCCGUCGAGUAUAGCAAAGAGAGUUGCAUCAUCAAGGAGGGGGAUGUGGGCUCUCUGGUUUAUGUGAUGGAAGAUGGGAAGGUGGAGGUGACGAAGGAGGACGUGAAGCUGUGCACCAUGGGACCGGCCAAGGUGUUUGGCGAGCUGGCCAUCCUCUACAACUGCACCCGAACUGCCACCGUCAAGACUCUGACCAGUGUGAAGCUGUGGGCCAUUGACCGCCAGUGUUUCCAGACCAUCAUGAUGAGAACGGGCCUCAUCAAGCAGACUGAAUACAUGGAGUUCCUCAAGAGUGUUCCAACUUUUCAAGGCCUUCCAGAGGAGAUUCUCAGCAAGCUGGCAGACGUGCUGGAAGAGACCCACUAUGGAGAUGGGGAGUACAUCAUCAGACAGGGGGCACGAGGAGACACCUUCUUCAUCAUCAGCAAGGGGAAGGUGAACGUCACACGGGAAGACUCGCCCAAUGACGCACCCGUGUACCUGCGAGCUCUUGUCAGAGGAGACUGGUUUGGGGAGAAAGCCCUUCAAGGGGAGGACAUCCGAACGGCCAAUGUCAUCGCAGCGGAAGCCGUCACCUGUCUGGUCAUCGACAGAGACUCAUUUAAACACCUGAUUGGGGGUCUGGACGAUGUCUCCAACAAAGGAUAUGAAGACACAGGAGCCAAAGCCAAAUACGAAGCCGAGAACGCCUUCUACACCAACCUGAAGCUGGCAGACUUCAAUAUCGUCGACACCCUUGGGGUUGGAGGCUUCGGCCGUGUGGAGCUGGUUCAGCUCAAAAGUGAGGAGACCAAAACGUUUGCGAUGAAGAUUCUGAAGAAGAGGCACAUCGUGGACACUCGGCAACAGGAGCACAUCCGCUCCGAGAAGCAGAUCAUGCAAGAGGCUCACUCCGACUUCAUCGUGAGAUUGUACCGGACAUUUAAGGACAGCAAGUACCUGUACAUGCUUAUGGAGGCCUGUUUGGGAGGAGAACUAUGGACCAUACUGAGGGACAGGGGUUCAUUCGAGGACGCCACGACACGAUUUUACACAGCCUGUGUAGUGGAAGCCUUCGCUUACCUGCAUUCCAAAGGAAUCAUUUACCGGGAUCUGAAGCCAGAGAAUCUUAUCCUGGAUCACCGAGGCUAUGCCAAGCUGGUAGAUUUUGGUUUCGCUAAGAAGAUUGGAUUUGGGAAGAAGACGUGGACCUUCUGUGGCACUCCGGAGUAUGUAGCACCGGAGAUCAUCCUAAACAAAGGUCACGACAUUUCAGCAGACUACUGGUCCCUUGGCAUCUUGAUGUAUGAGCUGCUGACAGGAAGCCCGCCUUUCUCGGGACCUGAUCCAAUGAAGACAUACAACAUCAUUCUGAGAGGUAUCGACAUGAUAGAAUUUCCAAAGAAGAUCACCAAGAAUGCUGGCAACUUAAUCAAGAAACUAUGCAGGGACAAUCCUUCGGAGAGGCUUGGAAAUUUGAAAAACGGUGUUAAAGACAUCCAAAAGCACAAGUGGUUUGAGGGGUUUAACUGGGAAGGUUUGAGGAAAAUGACCCUAGCUCCUCCUAUCAUCCCUGGGGUUUCAUCUCCAACCGACACAAGCAACUUUGACAGUUUCCCCGAGGACAGCGAUGACCCACCUCCAGACGAUAACUCGGGGUGGGACACAGACUUUUAAACUGUGUCCGCCUCUCCAGAGACUGAGUACACAUACACACACACCCCCUCAACAUAUCCACCCCAACCCCCACCCCCCACGCCUCUCCAGUCCCAUCCACGCAGGAGAGUUUUUAAAACUGUGAGUGAUUUGAGUGUGUGUGCUGGAGAGGGACUGGUUCUUCUGCGCGCGCGAGGACUUACGUACGCUACAUGCGUUAGCCGUGAAGAGUUUAGCGGACGCCGGCGACAAGAUGGAGGACAAACAGAGAUGCGGCGGAGGGAGAGAGGCAGGAAGUGGGGAAGGAACCAGACCUUCGCUUGUCCACACCAGUCGACCCAGGUGCCUUGGCCCAUGCUGUCUUUCUUUCUCUCUCUCUCUCUCUCUCUCUCUCUCUCUCUCUCUCUCUCUCACACUCUACUUCUCCCUGUCUCACUCACUUUCUCUCUCGAUCCAUGAGGCAUUGGGAUGACCUUUGACCUGUUGGGCCUUCACUGAUCCAUUCCCAUCACGCCACCUGUGUCAUCUUGACCACAACUCAUCAUCCUCACCUUCCACCCCCCCACCCCCCACCCCCACCCCACGCUCCAUCAGCCAUCUCAUCCCAGGCCAGGGGUGGAGAGUCGAAAUGCAGCAGACUGCCCGCUUCUUAUUUAUUUAUUUUUGAUCACCACCAUCAAUACUGUUUCCGGCAGCACAGCUACGAGGCAGACAAUUGGAGACUUUCCCCCUCUUUUCUUAAUGCAUUUCCACGUGAUUUUCUGUUUUGAUCCUACACAAUGCUUGAGCUGCUUGACUUCCUUGCCGUGGUACAGCUGAGCGCCCAAUGGGCUGUGCCAGCAAUACUCCGUGAUAUCGUUUGCAAUCGGGACUGGCCCCUGGGUAGAGUAACGAACUCUCCAUGCUGUGCCCUGAUCUUGAAGCCAGUGGACAUUAGGACAUUAAGUGGGGACUAUUGAUGACGUCAUAUGUAUAUAUUGGAUUUUUGUUUGUUUGUUUUUUUUAAUGAGGAUACUCACAAGGGAAGAAAAUAAUAUAGAAAACUACAUAUAUAAUCUCUCUCUAGAAAGUAACAACUCAAAUGACUGUGUCAAAUAAGGUGACACACAUGAGUCAAUAAAUAUGUUUGAUUGGAAUUUGCCUGUGCCAAUACAGCAGGUGAGAGAUAAACAAAACAAAAUAAAAGACUUGAAGAUGUCUGAAAUAAAUGACUGGGUAUUGUAGGAGGCCUACCUAAGAUCACCACCAGGGGGCAGACAUUGACCAGAGGAGCUGAACCCCAACGACUUUCAGCAGCCAGGCUCAAAAGCAAACCAUCAUGACAAAACACUACAUUAUAAAGUUGACUACAUAGACCCUAUCACUACAUUACAAGAUCAAUAACACGUUUCAACUAUCCUUUUAGUUCAAUCCUUUCUUCGUUUAGUUUCUGCCUCGGAUCUGGCCUUUGUCUAGUUUCCAUAUCCAUAUCAUCCUCACUCAAACAUUAAAAAAAAAAAAACAAGUGAAUUCUUGGAGAUUUUCAUAUCAUGAACCCAUGAAGAAACUGUGCUGGAAUACAAAUGAGGAACUAUUAUUAUUUAUUGUAUGACCAGAGGUAAAUAUUGUGUUUAUAAUAUUCAGUGCUGAUAUUUUGUGAUACGGAUAGAACAAUGUCUUGUUAGAGUAAAAUAUUAUUAUUUUUCCCAAAUAUUGGUGGUUUUGUGUUCUGUUUGUUAUUUUUGUGUUUAAAAAUAUUCAAUUUCCUCCUGAUGUUACUUCUUGUAGGUAACCUACCACUCUCACACACAUACACACACACACCUCUGUUCACCUUAUGGCUAAUGGCAUCGAUGAAAGUGCCUUAAAUUUGUGUGGCAUCCAAAAAAUCUUCUUGUUUUUGUUUUUCGAUGCUGCAUGAGCAAGGUCCAGCCACUCUCAGAAACGUCCUUACUUUGCUUUGCUUUUAUAAACGGUUCCGCUAUUUAUAUAUGCCUUUUUCUUACAAUAAAAGACAACUUUCAAAUGUG